AUGAUCCCUGCUGCAUUUCUUCUCUGCUUUUUUUCUAUUUGGAUGUCAGAGGCAUCAAUGAAGAUAUUUCACUUGGAGUCUACCUUAUAGGAAAGGAUUUCCCAAUGUGAACUCAGCUGAAGAGCCGACUCCAAACCAACAUGUCUCGCCGCAAGCAAGGCAAACCCCAGCACUUGAGCAAACGGGAGUUUUCGCCUGAGCCGCUGUCAGGCAUUUUACCAGAAGAAGACUCUCAGGACUCCCCCAGGCUGGGUGUGGAAGAGGGUGAGCCCCUCAAAGGGGACCAGGACCUGCUGACCUGCGGCCAGUGCCACUCUCGCUUCCCACUGGCUGACAUCCUUCUGUUCAUUGAACAUAAACGGAGGCAAUGCCAUGGGAGCCUCUGUACGGACAAACCUCUGGACAGGCCACCCUCUUCCCCUCUAGCCUCCCCUCUUUCCACAUCCUCUUCACACUCGCGGACCCACCAUCAGCACCCACGGAGGGUGUACCACCCAGUGGAGGUGGCAGUUCAGGUGUCACCACAGGAUGAGGAUUGUUUAUCUGCACCCUUGCAAGGAAUAAUCCCCAAGCAGGAGAAUAUCACAGAUAAAGAUGAGCCCAGCAGCUACACCUGUACCACCUGUAAGCAGCCUUUCACCAGUGCCUGGUUCCUGCUCCAGCAUGCCCAGAACACCCACGGUUUCCGCAUCUACCUGGAGAGCGAACCUGGCAGCCCCCUCACCCCCCGCGUGGCUGCAGCCCCUGGGAUGGGGGGUGAAUGUGCCUCCUCCCAGCCUCCCCUCCAUGCCGUCCACUUGGCUGACGGCAGUCCAUACAGCCUCCUGAGGAUGCCUGGCUCCGGUUCUGGUCGGGACUCAGCAUCCACGCCUCGUGAAGGUCGCUACCCCCGAACUCCACCACUGUUCAGCCCACCACCACGUCACCACCUCAGCCCUGACGACCUGGCCCUGGCAACCCACCAUCCCAGCGCUUUUGACAGGGUGAUGAGGCUAAACUCAGUGCCACUAGAAGCCCCUCCAAGCAUGGACUUCUCUAGGCGUCUACGUGAGCUGGCUGGAAAUGCAAGUGGGGCUUCACCGCCUCUUUCCCCUAACAGGCCCAGCCCUAUGCAACGGCUGCUGCAGCCAUUUCAACCAGGUUCUAAGCCUCCAUUCUCAGCUACUCCUCCCCUUUCCACCUCUCAGUCACCCUCUGGCGCACGAUCCACCCCAAAUCCUGUGUCAAACGUGGCCCAACCAGGCACUCCACUCAAGGCAAAGUCUUGUGAAUUCUGUGGGAAGACCUUCAAGUUCCAGAGUAACCUAAUAGUUCAUAGGCGUAGCCACACGGGUGAAAAGCCCUUUAAGUGUCACCUCUGUAACCAUGCCUGCACUCAGGCCAGCAAACUGAAACGACACAUGAAAACACACUGUCAGAGCAAGACGUCGGCACUGAACACCAAGUCAGAUGAUGGCCUCUCAACGGCAAGCUCCCCAGAACCCAGUACAAGCGAACUGAUGGGCAGUGCCACAGAUGCCCUUAAGUCAGUUGUUGCCAAGUUCAAGAGUGAAAACAAUGGCCUGAUGUCUGAAAAUGGAGAAGAGGAGGAAGAUGAGGAUGAGGAGGAGGAAGAGGAGGAGGAGGAAGAGGAAGAAGAAGAGGAAGAAGAGGAGGAGGGGGAGGAGGAGGAAAUGGAGAGCAAGCCUAGAGUGGAAGAAGCAGAUGAAAGGAACGACUAUCGUUUUAGCCUGCGAUUGGAAGGCGCCCGUCACCACCAGAACAGUGAUGCCCUGCACCCACACCGCCGUAGCUUGUCUCGGGACCGCGGUGAUGAGGAUUCAGCCAUGGAGUCUGACCGAGCAGAUGAUGGAACUGCAACCACUGUCAAUGGCCUAGGCCCGCUAUCUUCUGACAGCCUGUCCAGGAAGCUGCUGGGUGGAGGAGUCAGCCCCGGAUCUCUAAGUCCCCUGUCCAAACGCAUCAAGGUGGAGAAGGACAUUGACCCCCCCACGCCCACCAUCCCAAACACGGAAAACGUUUACUCCCAGUGGCUCGCUGGCUACGCUGCCUCAAGACAACUCAAGGACCCUUUCAUCAGCUUCACAGGUGGGGACUCCCGACAAUCGCCCUUUGCUUCCUCAUCUGAGCACUCUUCAGAAAACGGCAGCUUGCGCUUCUCCACCCCGCCUGGCGAGCUGGAUGGGGAACGGGCUGCAUCAGGACGCAGUGGCACUGGAAGUGGGGCCAGCACUCCUCAUGGUGGCAGCGGGAACGGUAGGCCGAACUCCAAGGACGGUCGGCGCAGUGACACCUGUGAGUUUUGUGGCAAGGUGUUCAAGAACUGCAGCAACUUGACAGUGCACAGACGCAGUCACACUGGGGAGCGGCCCUACAAGUGUGAGCUGUGCAGCUACGCGUGUGCCCAGAGCUCAAAGCUCACCCGCCACAUGAAGACCCACGGACAGAUGGGCAAGGAUGUGUACAAAUGUGAAAUCUGCCACAUGCCUUUCAGUGUAUACAGCACUCUGGAGAAACACAUGAAGAAGUGGCACAGUGACCGGCCACUGGCAAAUGACAUUAAGACUGAGUAG